AUGUAUUGUUUUGGGGCAUGUUAUUUCAUAAAAUGGAUUGGAUUGGACAAGGCAAAAAUUGAUCUCAUUCAUUCUCUUCCACCACCAUCAAGUGUGAAAGAAAUAAGAUCCUUUCUUGGUCAUGCAGGACUCUAUAGGCAGUUUAUAAAGGAUUUCUCAAAGAUUGCUUCUCCCUUAUGCAAUCUUCUUCAAAAGGAUGUGGCAUUUGAAUUUAAUGAUAAAUGUUUGUUUGCAUUCAACAAAUUGAAGGAAUCCUUGACCUCAACACCUAUUAUUCAUCCACCAAACUGGGAGUUACCAUUUGAAAUAAUGUGUGACAAUAGUGACUAUGCAGUAGGAGCGAUCCUUGGGCAAAGAGUUGAUAAGAGAGGAACAGAAAAUUUGGUGGCUGAGCAUUUAAGUAGACUUAUUCGGGAUGAAGAUAACUUGCAAUUAAAUGAAAAUUUUCCCGACGAACAACUCCUGGCUCUUAAAGAAGUUAUUUCAUGGUUUGCUAAUAUUGUUAAUUAUUUAGCCACUAAAGAGUUACCAGGAGACCUUACACAAGCUCAAAAGAACAAGAUUAAGCAUGGUGCUAAGUUUUAUAUUUUGGAUAAGCCUUAUUUAUGGAAACAUUGUGCUGAUCAAGUCAUUCGAAGGUGUGUUCCCGAUUUGAAUUUCAAUCUAUCCUUGCUUUCUCACAUUCUCAUGCUUGUGGAGGCAUGUGACCAUUGUCAACGAGUUGGUAAUAUUACUGCUAGGGAUCAAAUGCUCCAAACUCCCAUACUUAUUAUUGAGAUUUUUAAUGUAUGGGGCAUUGAUUUUAUGGGACCAUUUCCAUUGUCAUUCGUUUUUGAGUGUAUUCUUUUAGCGGUGGAUUAUGUGUCUAAGUGGAUGGAAGCAAAAGCAACUAAAAUGGAUAAUUCUAAAACAGUGGUUGAGUUCAUUAGAUAG